UUUUAUUCAUAGCAGUUUCCGGCGUGUGACCGACCUUGCUUUCUCCAGUAGGGACAUUGACAAGUCGUGAGUUUGAUUCGCCGACUUUUCGAGAAGCUUCACCGGUGAAAAAAAUGGGAUUUGAGAGAAAGAUGCUGACAUACGGAGAGCCGGACGACGAGGAAGAAGAUGCACCUGCAGAGGAAGAAGAGGAGGAGGAGGAGGAAGAGGAGGAAGAAAUGGUGGAUCCCUUAGAAGUGAUACGGGCAAAAUGUGAGCAGACCGAACACUGUGUGCAUGCCAAGGAGCGUCUGGAAAUCUGUGAAACCAGAGUGGGCUCCAGGUCCAACACCGAGGAAGACUGCACAGAGGAGCUCUUUGACUUCUUGCAUGCCCGGGACCAUUGUGUUGCACACAAGCUGUUCCACAACGUGAAAUGACCUUCCUCCUCCGUUCAUACGCAGUGCAGCUUUACGAACUGUUGAACUUCAAACACUGAAGCAAUCAGCUGUCUGUCCAUAAUCACUUUGAAAGUGUGUGACGCCCUUUUGUACCCAAUGAGAGAAUACCCACAUAUUGCAGUCAGUGCUACUUUGAUUUCAAUGUGUCUGCAAAGACAUGCCUGAACUGUCAAACCAUGUUAACUCCCCUCACUCAUGAAGAGUUCACCUCAGGAUUAUGUAUGGACUGACUCUGGAAAUAAAGAUUAUCUUUGGUUUA